AUGGAAGUGUCAAAGCCUGAAGUAUCUACAAUUGCUUAUCAUGAUAAUGACAACUAUAUGUGUAUACAAGAUGUUGAAGCAGGUGAGACUGAUGUACCUGAAGACGAGGAAGAUGAUAAAGACGACGACGAUGCGGACUUUCGGUUUGAUGCACCGUCUUACUACGACCUGAAGAAUCCAGCGCUUGAACAGCGUUACGUUAAUAAUGCCGAUGGUUAUUUCUCAUCUCCUGUACCAUCUACUAGUACGUUUUAUACAGAGUCAUCUGUAUCUAGUUGUGGACGAGAUAGUAAGAAUAGUUACAGUAUUACGGAGAGUAGUGAUACAUUGAGGAAGACAUACGAUAAUAGCCAGAGUAUAGAGGUUAGUAUGGAAGAGAAGACAAGUAUAAGUAUGCUGGAUACAACAAUGAUCACACCUGAAGAGGAAGAAAUGGUUGAAGAUAUUGACCAGGUAUUGAAUCGAAGUAAUCUGUUGGAAGACAAAGAGGAAAGCUUUGAGGAAGUGUUUCGACAUUAUGCAUCGUCGUCACAGUCUUCAGCUACGUCAUCCUACUUGCUGCAUGAGCUGGAUACAUCGACGCACAGCUCUGUACAUGGUCGUUUGUCUGCUUACAGCUCACAGACGUCGUUGCCAGCAGCAGCAACGCUGAGAAUUAAAGGGACGAUGACUGAACCGAGAGAAGAUAAUGAAGUGCAGGUUUUGAAAUUGGAUAAACACAGGUUUACUGGAGAUGGUGGCUUGUCCAAGUUGAUGCAACCGACGCAGUCGUAUAUGAGACGACUACAGGCAGAACAGAGGAUGAGGCAACAGAGCUAUACGGAGGAAAUUCCCGUUGAGAAGAAAUUGCAUCGUAUUACACGACCUCAAAGUCCAAAAUUGCAUCUAAAGACGCGAGCUACAGAUCCAAAUGAUCCAUCAAGGAUGAGCAGUACGAGUCGGGAGUUGCUGAAAAUUCAGGAGGAGCGACUGCAUUUACAAUUGGAGAAACUUAAGAUCCGAGAGUUUCAUGAGAAAACAAAAGUGCAGCGACCGCCGAGUAAUGUUCAUCAGCGGUCGACAAAGCAACUUACGAUUCCACAAACGCCACACUUUGAGGUGGACGUUCGCGCAAGACGAACACAUGGUGAAAGCAAUAGAAGCGUGGUCGGACAAGAUAAAAUGAGUCCGCCUAUUGCAGCAGAAAAGUUGCUGUCCCGAGAUUUUGCUCUUCCAACGUUACCGCAUUUUCGAGAGAACCGGUCAGCUUUGACGACACCUCAUGCUCCGCAACUCCAUACAGCGGCACGAGCUGAUCAACGUUUGCCACCAGCCGCUGCGUCGCAUGAGCAGACGAAAUCAGCGGAAGGUCAUACUCGCCCAAAAUUUGGUGGGCUUACCCAGCCAAUGACCCCGCAACUGGAAACAAGUCGAAGAGCAGCGAUGCACCGCCGACCGCUUGAGGUUAUCGAUGACGACGCCGAAGAAAUGGCCAAGAAGUUUCAAGCUCGUCCAUUGAACAAACACAUUUUGGAACCAAAAUCGUACCCUCGCUAUUCUCCUGCAAAUUCGGACAGCAAGUCUCGAUUGACCCAACCGAUGGCCCCAAAGUUACCGGCGAGUACGCGUUCAGCCACCCAUUUACGAUUCUCUCAACGAUCUAAUUCUGUUGCUACUGAAAUGGAACGCCGCCGUAAAGAGCGCGAGCAGCUACUAAAAGCACGCCAAGCAGGUCCCACUGCUCAGCAGAAGUCGGUGCGCGCGCUUGCUCGCCGGCCUCUGAUUCCUGAAACUCCUCCGCUAAAAAGUAUCCAGCGUCAUCGAGAGUAUCAGGAAAAUUUCCGUCGCAAGAUUGAUGCUGAAGAGGAGGAAACGGUAAAACAACGUCAAUUUAGAGCUAAUCCUAUGCGCGUGACGGCAACGCCUCCGAGGUUUGAGGGCUCGACAAAGCCAGUCACUGAGGUGAAACCAUUUGAGCUGCCUGGAGAGCGCUAUUACGAACAAGCCCGAGAGCGCGUGGAGCAAAAACGUCGGGAGGAAGAAGCGCAGUGUCUAAAGUCGUCAGGCAUUUUUCGUGCAAAACCCAUGCCGGUGUUUGAGUCCAAUAGUGUCCACAUCGUGUCCAGCGCGAAACCUCUUACUCAGACUGAGUCUCCUAUGUUGGCAACGAAAACUCGGGCUACGGAGCGAGCUGCUUUUGAAGCCGCUGAAAAGGAGCGUCGCGAACGAGAACAAGCAUUUCGUGAAGAGCGAGAGCAACAAGAGCGGCAACUAGAGGAAGAAGAGAUCAGACGUUUACGUCGAAAGGAAAUGAUAUUUCACGCACGGCCCGUUCCGGAGUUGACAUCAUCCCAGGUGACGCAGGAGACCAAGCCCUUGGCUGAAGCGGUUAGUCCGGCUAAGCGCUCCUAG